CAACUGUGAUUUCAAUUCUGUAAUUAAAAAAAAAAAAAGAGAAUUAGCGCCAUUUUUGGCUGGUUGUUACUACAAACAAGGCUAAGAGAGAAGGAUGCAGGAGCCUUGGGUUGAAAAAUAUAGACCCAAGACCUUGGAUGAAGUUGUUGGCAAUCCCCAAGUGGUAUCGAGGCUUCAAGCUGUAGUGCACGGGGGAAGUCUACCUCAUUUGCUACUGUCAGGUCCUCCUGGUUGUGGGAAGACAACUAUGAUAUUGUGUUUAGCAAGGCAACUACUUGGAGAGGAAUGGUUCUCACAAGCUGUUCUAGAACUAAACGCUUCGGACGAUCGAGGAAUUGACGUGAUAAGAUCCAAAGUCAAAACAUUUGCUCAACAAAAGAUGAGUUUGCCUAGUGGAAAACACAAGAUUGUCAUAUUGGAUGAAGCGGAUUCAAUGACGGAAGGCGCUCAACAAGCACUUCGAAGGACUAUGGAGAUAUAUGCGACAACUACCCGUUUUGCGUUAGCUUGUAAUACUCCUUCGAAAAUUAUAGAGCCUAUACAAUCCAGAUGCGCUGUUGUUAGGUUGAGAAGACUGGAAGAUAGUGAAAUUGCCGAGAGACUGGAACAGGUUUUGAGACUAGAAAAUGUUGAAUGGGAAAACUCAGGUUUGGAGGCUAUUUUGUUUACUGCAGAUGGUGAUAUGCGCAAUGCACUCAACAAUGCUCAAGCAACUGUUUGUGGUUUUGGAAAGCUUUCUCAAGAGAAUGUAUUUAAGGUUUGUGAUCAACCGCAUCCGAACUUGGUGAAACAGAUUUUGGAGAGUGCACUUGAACAAAAUGUGACCAAGUCGAAUGAAAUCUUAUGUUCUUUAUGGAACAAAGGCUACUCCGCUUUGGACAUUGUACAGACACUUUUCCGAGUUGCUCGCAGUCAUGAAAUGAACGAACAUUUACGUCUUGAAGUUAUGAAAAUUGUAGGGAAGACGCACAUGAAAAUUAUGGAAGGUUGUGCCAGUUUAAUACAACUGACAGCAUUGACAUCUUUUCUCUCGGAAGUUUCUGAAUCGACUACUAGUUGAAGAACCAGAAGAGGACCAAAACUAUGAGAAGCACGACAGCUACUGAACCGUAUUG